AUGCCAGUUCCGAGAGAUGUACAAUUGUUUCUCGACGAAUACCCUGGCGAAGUGGACGAUCCCUCUCAAUCAGCAAAUAUCGAGUUUUAUACCAAUAAGAAACGAUGUGCGCCAGAUAAUUUGUUGAUUGAGGAGAUUCACGACAAGUGGAGUGGGGACUAUGAGACUCUAGAGCGCAAUCAUGGUUUCAUCCAAUGGUUGUUUCCCAUACAAGAACACGGGAUGAACUAUCGUUCUCAGCCAUUGCAGCGGCACGAGAUACGCGCAAUAAAGUCUAAUCCAGAAGCAAUAUCUAGAAUACUGGGAUCAUAUCGACUCAUGCUCGACUUUUACGGCAUGCGCCUUGUGUCCAAGGAAACUGGCAUGCUCUCUCGCACAUUGCCGCCGCGCAAUUAUGCGGCAAGAUACAAGAAUUUGUGUCGCUCGACCCACAAUAAUCUACGAAUUUCCCGAAUUCUCAAAUGUUUGUCAGAGUUCGGUCUGGAACGUCUGAACGCUGGAUUCCUCUUGCAUGUGCUGAACGAACAGAGCGAGCAUGGGGAAUUGAACACAUACUCCAUACGCUCCAGCAUGGACAGCUGGUGGGCAAACUGUAUCCGCAAUGAGGAUGAGAGAAAUUGGAUUUGUCAGACCAUCCGGGAGGUUCGCUCGAAUGUGAAUCCAUUGGUGUUUACAAGAGACAUGUAUGAAUCGGCUCUACAGCGAAGGGAGAUUAAAGGUAGCUUCAAAGAGGAAACAUCGUAG